AUGCGGCUUUCGAUUCGUCAUCUCAACUCUCAUGCGGGACCGCUUCACUUGACUCGGCUCCGCACCACGAACGGGAAAUGCGGCACUGCCGUCCUGGCAACAUAUUGGACGGCGUCGCUCCUCCUUGAUCAGUUCACAAGGAUCCAACUGUCGGUUACUCCGUACGGACCUGGAAAGGCACCUGGCGUCGCGUAUCUACGACGGCCUCGGUUUCUCGGCGAGGAUCCUGUAUCUCUGGAAGCUCGACCCAUACGGCAAAUCAAAUUGGCACAGCACUUUGUUAGCGGACAGCACAUGUCGACAGAUCGCUAG